UCCUCCCGUUAUAAACACCCUUCCAGUCUCCAUUUCCUUCAUCGUCUCUCUUUCUCUCUCUAGAAGAUAGACUUCCAACUCUGUUUCUUCGGUUUUCCUGUAUUUAAACCUCUUACCAGUCCCGUUAUCAUCAAAACCCAUAUCUUCAUUUCUCCCCAAUCCUUCAUCACACCAUCUUUCUCUCUCUAACUCCCUGAUCAAACCGAUCUUUCUCUCACCAUCUCUUCACCAUGUUUCGUUUGAGCAAUAACCUGAUUGGGAUCCUGAACUUCAUCACCUUCCUCCUCUCAAUCCCCAUUCUUGGGGGUGGGAUAUGGCUUAGCCACAGGGCUAGCACUGACUGUGAAAAGUUUUUGGAUGGCCCUAUCAUAGCUUUGGGAGUUUUUCUCAUGGUGGUUUCUCUUGCUGGUCUUGUUGGAUCUUGCUGUAAAGUCACAUGGCUUCUGUGGUUCUAUCUUCUGGUUAUGUUCUUGCUCAUCGUUCUCCUCUUUUGCUUCACCAUUUUCGCUUUCGUGGUGACAAACAAAGGCGUAGGAGAAGUGGUUUCAGGGAAAGGUUACAAGGAGUAUAAGCUUGGAGAUUACUCGAAUUGGUUGCAGAAGAGAGUGAGCAAUACCAAGAACUGGAACAAGAUCAAGAGUUGCUUGAGUGAUGCGAAGGUUUGCAAGAGCCUUGCAGAGGAUGAAAAGAACGAGCCUGAAGCCAUUUUCUAUGCUAAGCAUCUCUCUCCGAUUCAGUCUGGUUGCUGCAAGCCCCCAACAAGCUGCAACUUCACAUAUGUUAGCCCCACCAACUGGACAACAACAUCAGCAGCUCCACUCGGAGAUUGCAAUCUAUGGAACAAUGAACCCACCACUCUAUGUUUCAACUGCGAAUCUUGCAAGGCUGGUGUCUUAGCCAACCUUAAAAGUGACUGGAGAAAGGUGGCAAUUGUUAACAUAAUCUUCCUCGUCUUCCUCAUCAUCGUUUACUCCAUAGGCUGCUGCGCUUUCAGGAACAACAGGGCCGAUAAUGGUUACCCCCAAUACAAGGGCUACCCUUGAUUCUCUCUCUCACUCUCUAAAAUUCUGUGUCUAUUUGGUUCUUUGUUUUGUAUCUUCUUUUUGAUGUACAGACGGGGUACCAUACAUUUGAUUUCUCUGCUGUUGUAGGUAGGUUAUGGGCUUUGUUAUGAUGAUUGAUUACUACAUAGACAUCGUUAUGGAGCUGGUAGUUUAUUACAGAGUUGUAGAGAAUUUCAUUAUAUUUUGGAGCUAUUGAGAUAUUAUUUGUUUCAUA